GGUAUAGGUGAGACAAAUGCAAAUGGUACAGUAAGGAAGAGAGAAGGAGGACAAACCUGAAAGAGUUGCGAUGUAUAAAAGAGGAACAAAAUCUGUUUGCUUUAUGCUGCUGGCACUUCUUUGGGACAGUGGUUACAGCUUAACUAUGGGAAGAGGCAAAACUGCAGUCCAUGUGAAUGUCACAGCGUUUCAUCGUCUACCUUACCAAUGUAACGUGGAUGGCUUUAAUGAUUGGUUCAAAGUGGACAAGUACUGCGUCAAAUACUUCAACAAACCUCUAAACUUUACUGACGCAGAGUACAGCUGUAGAAAAACAGUCCCUAGAGGACACCUGGUGUCAGUGCACAAUACCAGGGCUAAUUAUGAAUUGCUCUCCAUUGUGAAGAAGAUGAACCCAAAUGACUUGCGCAUUUGGAUCGGGGCAUAUGAAUUUUUUCAGACUGGUAAAUUUCAUUGGUUGGAUGGUUCCUUCUGGGACUAUGAUGCUUGGGUACCCGGUCAGCCCAGCAACAUCUACUCUAGCAUAGAAGAAUGCGUGGAGAUGAACUGGAAAAUUGAUGGCAAAUGGAAUGAUGUCUCUUGUAAAACCCAAAAAAACUACAUAUGCGCCUUCAAACCCAAGAGGAUUAUGGAUGAGUAGACAAUUUAUCACCCCAUAAAACAUUAGGCCUAAUUUUCUUCUCCUCUGCAUCAACAAAAAAAUUCACAAAAAUAAAAACAUUUCUUCUAAUUAUAUACCUUAAAAUGAUAAUAAACACUUUUAUUAUUGCA